AUGCCUGCGAGCAUCCAGUCAGCCAAGCUCACCAUCCCUGGAACUGAUCUCAGCUGGCUCUCUUUCGAGCACGUGGAUGGUGAAGAGGUCGCUGUGUGCUGGCUGUGUAAACAGGUUGCGCGCACGCCUGCGGAGAAAGCUGCAAGACUGGUGCGCGGCUGCGAUGCAGGGAGACUCGACAAUAUCGGCCGCCAUGCAGAUGCCAAGCAGCACGUGCGUGCGCUGAGGGAGCUUGGCUAUCUGGAAGCCGAGGGAGAGGACGAGUCUCUGGCACCGAGCAUUUCGCAGUUUCGUCAGACACUCGAGCGUUUGCCUGGGCAAGCCUUCAGAUCUGGAGUGAAAGGCGUCGGAGGCGAAUCAAAAGUCAAGAAGAUGGUCUCAUGUUUGGGCGACGCGGCUUCAAUGAUGGACUGUGAGAUCCUCAAGAACUCCUGGAGCAUUUUGCUACAAUGCGACAUCAAAGAAUUGAGGCUGGCGGUCCGGUACCAAUGCUGCACAGCGGAUCUGCAAGUGCGUCGUGGCCUACUGGGGAUAGAAGACGUGGAAAGCAAGGCGCAUGACCAAGUGAUGCUGGGGGUCCAGCGCUCUCUUGAAAAAGUCUGCUCGUGCAACGGGCAGCUAGACCAGGACGCCUUGUCUUGCAUCCGGGACAGGGUAGAGGUCCUGAAUGCGGACGGCGCAUCGGAUGCUCAGCUCGCACUGGCCGAGAUGCGGCGAACGGCUUUUCCAAACAUUCUUUUCAUACUUCGGGACAAGGCACACGCUAGCCGGAGACUGCUAUCCAGACCUUGGCAUGCAAUCCCAGAAAUCCACGAGGUGUAUGACAUGAUCAUCGGCAGUACUGCCAGCUUCACGAGCAAGAUACAACACAGUGACGUGCUGACGCGGGCUUUCCAGAGAAACAUACAAGACAUGGAGGCUGUGCCGUCCACCGCUAAGAGGAUAAAGAAUCUCAGCCUGGCCCGCCACCGUUUCGACUCGUGUCAGAAGCCCCUGGCGCGCUUUUGCCUUUACCUGGAGGCCUACAUCUGCACAGCCAUCGAAGCCGCUGCCGACCCCGGAAAAAAGGGUCACUUGUCUGCCCUGACAUUCUUGGACUGGGCUACGGAAGACCGUCUGCUGCUCCUCAGCUUGCUUGCAGAAUGCGCCGAAGAGAACCUUAUGCUGAUACGCUAUUUCGAUCGUGAGGGCUGGGAUGCCGCAACACUUCAGUACCACUGUCAAGUUUACGCAUCCAAGCUUCGGUUUCUGUUUGUGCAGGGCCACGCGUUCCAGUCUGGAUACACUGCCCACGUCAUCGCCCAGCUACAGACUGCCAAAGGCUUCAUGGUCAAGGGGGUUCGGAAGACACUGGGCGGGCGGCCCAUCACAGACGCUACUCGGGAAAGGUGUCUGGAGAUCAUGCAGCUCUACACACGCCUCGCGCUCGAGACGAUGGAAGCUGAGAUGCCAGGCUUCGAGACUCUGGCCUCACUGCGCGUGAUGAACGUGUCUUCCGGGAGCAGUGUGGAGCAAGUGCAGGCAGACGCACAGGACUGCUGCCACGAUUGGCUUCUUGCCGUUGAGUAUGCCGUGUCCUUGGAGCGACUGGCCCAGGUCCUGGACUUGGAUGUAGAGCAGCUGGCGCUGGAGUACUCGCUUCACGAACCCAUUGCAAGGCAUGAGGCCAGGAGCCCCAACAUGUCCAGCUACGAAUCUUGGCGUACAGCAGUGCUGCGGACGAGGAGUGCUGCUCCUGCUGUGAGAGAAAAAUUUCCAUCUGAGAACCUUGCCAUUCUGGUCAGUCGCUACGGUGCCUGGAGCGGCGCCAGCACCAGCGGCAUCGAGCAGCUCUUCAGCCGACUCGACAGCCACAUUCCGCCAGAUCGGCGGCACAUGUCGCCGGGCCUCUACUUUUCAGAGGCGAAGCUUCUGGAUGUCACUACAGAGACCGCCGACGACAUCAUCAAGAUCGCGCGCACGCUGUGGGCACUGCGGUCGGGGCCGCCUCGGGCUUCCUGCACUACACGCUUGGACAAAGGCAUCCCCAGACCAAGAGCGGGUGACUCCGAGGCGUCCUUUGUGCGCAAGCGUCGUCGCUUGAUUGAUGGAUCCGCGGACAUCGUGUCUGUGCAGCAUGCGCUGCAGGAGGUUCAAGAGCUGACCGAGGAGGCGGUGCAGGCGCAGCCUUCGGUCUCGAAAGAGCUGGCCUUCGUUGCCAGCAAGAAGACGAGGAACGAGAUCAUGGCGUUCAUGGACGAGGGCUUGCUGCCAGACGAAAUUCCUGAAGACAUGCUUCUGGUGGUCGAUGCCUUUCUAGCCCACGACGAUAAGCUGCGGAAGGAGCGCUUGGCCAGGGCGCGGGCUGUGGAUAAACUGCUCAGGCCAGGGGCACCUUCCAUCGGAGAUCGGCCCGUCUUUCUCGAGGACGCGUGUUGGGCGCAGCAGAGUUGGGCGCAUGGGCUGCGUGUCCAGCCGGACAGAGCCUCGGCGUCAGUCUUCAUUGCAAGGGAUGCAGCCGAGCCGGGUGAACGGACUCUGUGGACGCUCGCAGUCCAGGGUGGAGUUGUGGGAGACGUCCAGUGGGCCCAGUCCCGUGGGGAGUCGGGCGUGUCCUUUUCCUUCAAUGGUGCUAAUAAAACAGCAAGGCGCGUGUACAUUUGCGACGAUUUCUGGUUGCAGCAUCGGACCUUGGCCGACAUUGUCUGGGAGGGCAUUGAAGCUGUCGGCUCCAAGUGGAAGCCCGUGGACGACUGGGAUGAGUUUGCGGAGUUGACCGCUCAGGCAUCUGGGGAGGGUGUUCGAAACAAGCGACCCCUGAGUGUCAUUGCGCUGACGAUGCCGGACACGUGUCGAGCCACGUUUCUCGACUUCGCUACGAAGUCCCGGGUGGCAUGCACACAUUUCGGCAUGUGCGGCAAGUGA